CGAAAAAUCGACGAACUAAGUUCUCGCUCACCACAAAGCACCGCUUCAAGAAGCUCAAGCGACGCCGAAAAGUCAAACCUCGACGUGCUUCAGCCGCCCUGUCCUCGGCCACGCCUAGUCAACCUCCGCCCUCUUUAUUGAGCGGCGAGGAUCCGGGCUUACCAGCCGAGCUGGCCGCAGCCACAACCGGUUUCGACGCUAGUCUGGGUCGCACGGCCCGCAAAUUGGGCCUCAACCGCCGACAGGUGAAGAGCGUGCUUAAGAGCGUGUGCUCGGAUGCCACGUUCUUGGGCAUGAUGCGCGAGAAGGCGGGCGAGGUGGUGGAGUCCGGCCUGCGCCUCGAAUCGCGGGUCACCCGAACCAAGGCCAAGAAUUUGAAAGAAGAUGGCGCCAAAUUGGAUUGGGUCUUGGAGAAAAUGGAGGCCAUCUCGAAGCAAACCCCCAAAAAACAUCGCAUCGAAGAGAUUCCGUUGGGAACCGUGGAAUUUCCGGAAGAAGAUGAGCCCGACGACAUCGAGUACGACCCCAAGAAUGACCCCGAGGCCGUGGAGGAGGACGACGAUGAGAGCCUUGCCGCCUCCAGUGAUAUUGGCACGCCCAAUCGGUCGUUCACCGGCGGCAACCCUGGUGGCCUCCUCUCUCCACCCUCCUCAUCCAUGUCAUCAUUCCCAAGUCUAUGUAAUACUCCAGGCGCCCUUGUCACGCCCAAAGUGUUGGACCCCACCUCCACUUUCAAGCUGCCUAACCCGCUCAUUGAAGGAGCAGAGGCUCUCGAGACCCUCAGUAAAAGCAGCAGUGCCUCUCGAAGUCUGGUUUUUAAUGAUGUGGAACCGGAAAAAGCCGGAUGUAGUCGGCAAAACCGGACUUGGCUCACGCGUUCCAAGGCUAAUUUGAAACACGUGCCCAUUGAGGAGCUGGAGACGCAAUUCGUUCCUCCCGACAUUACGCCCGAUAUGUACGACACGCACGUGGACGACUACACUCUGUUUCUGGCAGAAACCUUCUAUAAGCCCAUCACACCCGAGCCCAUAAUCAAGAACUCCGAGGUGGCCGGAGGUCACACGUUCGAUUUGGAAGAGACCGACCCUGAUCCUGACUACACGUUCCAAGAAACGGACGAGCACAAAAAUGAGGAGAGGGACGAGUUCAAGUACGACCGGAGCACCAAGAUCUCCAAGAAAGAAGUGGACUCCCUCAUCCAUGAACUCAUCACCGCCUAUGACCUCGAUCAGAAUGAUGACAGUGAUGAGGCCAAGAGCAGGAAAAAGAAACAACGUAUCCAGGGGGAGGAGGCUCUUCUGGAAUCGUAUUACUUGGAAAUGGGCCCAGAUUCCAAUCAGGUGGACAUGGCCCCCGAGAUGAUGGCCGUGCUGAGCCACCAGAUCAAGAUGCACAUACAGCUCCUGACUCAAAUGACCAUGCUCACCUCUCACGAGCCCAAACUCCAUCACUUGAACUUUGACUGCAAGAAAAUGACCACCGAUCUAGUUCAGGCCGGGAUGGAUAAUCCCAAGUCCAUAUUGAACCCGCCCAGUUUGUUUCCCUCUCUGAAUUUGGUGGAUCAGUGGGAGCAAUUGCGUGUGUUCCCCUUUGAUGUGGACGCUUUCAAGAAGAAGAAGUACCCCGUGGAGCUCAAUCCCAGGCUGAUGAACAUAAUGGGAGAAAGUGGAGUUUUCCAGUACCCAAGUUUGAUUCCGUGUCAGGCCAUCUCAGUCCUUCCCAACAAGAGGACCAACACUUUCUCAGACUCUGAGGACUAUCUCAUUGCCAUCGGAGUUGAAGAGUAUUAUGAGACCAUGAAGAAAGCUAACAAGAAAAUUACCCUUAAAACCGCAUGUGCAGAAGUUGUCAAGAAGUAUUGCCCUGGCAAGACAAUCAAACAGGUACACACACAUAUCCACAAUGCAAGACGGAAAACCUCAACCAACAAAGUGCUCGACCACCUCAAUGCCACUGGAAAAGCGCUGGUCCCUGAAAUGGACUAUGACCAAUUAGCAGCCGUGCCGUUGGGCGUUCCUUUGCGACAAGCGCCCCCAUUGUCACUCCCAGAGAUUUGGCGCCAAUUCUUCUGCCUGAGACUGCCUGAAGAAGUGAAGCCCUCUCCACCGCCUAAGAAGCAGGUUCUUCCGGCUGUAGAUGGCGUGGUUCAAGCCAUCUUUGACCCACAGUCCCAAACCAUAGCCGUCCAAAUCCCUAAAGAUAUUUCCACCGAGGUGGUCAGUACCUUCCAAAUUCCCGACGCUGCAGAAAAGAGGAAAACUUCACCAAGGAAGUAUAGGCCCAUUCUUCCCAAAGGCUCUGGUUCCAGCUUGGGCUUGAAAUCUCUUCAGGCUUCGCAAUCCCCUUUGAAGAAGGAGAGAGAGCGGAUCCUGAGGAAAUACAGCCCCUUGAAAAAGGCGCGCGUUAUUCGACCGAAAGGUACUGCGCCAAACAAAGCAAAGGAGGCUGACCCUAUGCCCCUGGUAGCAGUGGCAGGGGCAGUGGCAGAACCUUCAUUUGACAUGUCAAUGCCAGAGAUUGUAGAAUUACCCAAAGAGGCCAAAGAGAAUAUUGCUCCCCUGAAUAAUGAGGAAACAGAAGAGGGAGAAGAACCCCUGGCAGAGAGGCUAGUUUUGGACAGCCAGCCAGAAACCUCAUCGGAGCCGGUAGAAAGGGUAGAGCAAGCCGAACAGACCAAGAAAAAAACCAAACAGCAACGGGAGGCUGAAAUCUUAGCUUAUAUCCUGGCUGAGGAGACGGUGGAAGAAGUCAAUGCUCGUCGGGAACGGGAGGCGUUCGACAUUUUUAAGUUCGCGGAGCGUGACUUAGACCCCUUGGAAUUCACGGAAUUUCUUGGCCUUCUAACUACCUUAGAGCAGGACAUCCUGAAAGGAUUCACGGAUCUUCACCACUUGUUGAAAGGACAUGUGGAGAUCCAGGAAAUGCUCCUUGACCUACUUACCCCCGAGAGUGCCAUAAAGCUCGGUCAGCCAGUUUAUAGCUCUUUCUUGACUCGGAAUCGCCACAAGGAGUUCUUUAGGAAACUCAGAAGGGCCUAUGAGCACACCCCAUCUUCGCACACGCGGAUCCUCAAGGAUAUGGCCAACUUCCUCAGUGACCCUCAAAUGGACCAGACCACACUCACGAACAUGGCAUCCAAGCUAUUUCGUGGGAACCCUCACCUUCACGAUUUAUUUCUAUCCCUUUUACCAAAUAGUCCGGUUCUUGAUAGCCGGUUACCAAAGCCUGAGGUGAUCAACCUGGUGGAUCUUGAGAAUGAGAUGGAUGGAGAUGAGAAUAUGGCUCAGGCGCCCGAUGGAGCAGAGAAGGUUUCCUUGGUGGGCGAUCUUCUCAAGGAUGAAUACGGCGGGGACAAAUGUCCUUGUGCUUGUCACGCUUUUUCUGCCGAAGACGACCGAAGUGCACAUUGCCUCCAUUGUUCAAUUAGAUUCUUGAAUGGAAAAAUCUACAGACGGGAAGGGAAAGUGCUGAAGCCAGUGAGGGUGGAAUUCCCACCCGGAUGCAAUCCCUAUGCCAAAGGGAACAAGUCAUCGCCUAACAGUCGGAAGAAGACCGCCAAAAAAGCCAGCUCUGAGGCCGGAAACAGUAUUACUAAUGCAGAAAGUGUUGCUUCGGCUGCCACCGAAACGACCUGAUGUAAAUACAAAAAAAAAGUUAAUACUUUAUAAUAGACGUUUCACUCGAUCGAA